GUUUGAGGACAUUAGGAUAUGUGGGUUCACUCAAGACCGCAGAGAUGUGUUUGACUGGACCAGACAGAACCAUCUCACACAGAACCCCAAACGGUCGGUUAAUACAGGGCCGGAUACGGACAGGAGUGGGACAAAAGAAGGUUACUACAUGUACAUUGAGACGUCGCGGCCGCGCCAGGAUGGGGAUAGAGCUCGUCUCCUCUCUCCAUUGUAUAAUGUUACGGCAGCCCGAGGACCAACGGGGACCACCAGAACCCCCUACUGUGUCUCCUUCUACUACCACAUGAACGGAAAACAUAUGGGUACACUCAAUGUUCUCACGAGGGUGAAGAGCAUCGCCACUGUAGAUUCUGCCGUCUGGUCUCUCUCCGGACACCAGGGGCCCGAAUGGAGGAAGGCGGAUGCUGAGAUCUAUCCGAGCGGACCCUUCCAGGUGGUGUUCGAAGGUAUCCGUGGAAACGGCUUUGAGGGAGACAUCGCUAUCGAUGACGUUUCUGUUACCAAGGGAAAAUGCAAACAAAAGGAUAGCGUGGACAAAACAGCAGUUCUGUCUGGGACACACCAGAGUCUUCACCUUCUUCCUAUGAUUGUCCAGCUGCUCUGCACCAUCUUUCUGACAUUCCUCCUCAGAUGAUACAGAUACCCCUCAGCACACACACCGCCAGUGUAGGACGCCCCCACGGCAGCAAUAAGAACUGCCCCAAAACAUGACCACCCUUCCUGCUACUGCCUCCUCCAUUUCCUCCUGUUUCUCAUUCCCUUUGUCCCGGCUGCACACCUCCUCUUACCAUUCGAGUCUACUGUUUCUUUGGUUUCUCAUCAUCUUUGUGGUCACUUUUUGAGCUUAUAUCUGCUAAGUGGCACCUUUUAAGUUUUAUGUAAGCAUAAUUUCCGUUAAUUUUGUACAUUUCUGUCCAUAUGUCUUGACAUCUUCAUCUCAGUCACUCGUGUAUGUAUCUGACACACCAAAGUGUCAAUUAUAACCAAAGAUGAUGGAGGGCUUACAGGAUGAACAGAUGGCUGAAAGAGCAACAAGGACGUCCUUUCCCCAAAUGAACUACUCGUUCCACAGACUCAAGUGCAUGGAGAUGUGAUUUUCUUAAGACACUAAGAUUGCAAGGAAUAACGAGAGCCGGAACGGAUGAGUGAAACAGGUGGUCACGAAGUUACUGAUGACCUGAGUGGACCUGUACAUGCACGUGUACAUGAUAUAUUGGAAAGUAUCAAGCUGCAGAAAGGACAAACGGACUCCGACUGCAACUUCUCGGACUAUGACAAUGUGAAACUAAAGAAGCACAAAUUUAUAUCUUUUUUUUUUUGUAGUUAUUUUGGUUCCUUUACUUGGUAUCCCGUCAGUCUGGGCUUGCUGUACACUUCUUGAUCUUUGGCUUUCUUUACCAGAAACCGCGUGUCACUGCUGCAUUGCCGUUCAGUUCGUUCGAUUCCCGAAAACGACACAAUGUGAACUUUGGACCAGAAGAGCAUCAGUUACCUCACCCUCAAUCUACAAGAACCAUAACGCACCUGGACAACUUAUGAGAACGAUCACUUUUAGCUUCAAUAAAACUGCCGGGAGAGUGUUGACUCACUGGGUCAGUCGUUCUCGUUCAGCAAUAGGACCGUACCUCUGACUGCAAUGAAUAUUAUUUGGGCACAUAGACUCCAACAGAUGGACGCCUCUGGACAGACAAACUCCGCUCUUGGCUUUGAUGAUCAAGAAUGUCAUUUUGCAUAGUGUUAGAGAGAAAUCGCAUGUGCGUGCUAGCUCCUCAAGGGGUGACAUUGACAAACUUCAGACAUAUUUUAUUUUGGAAGUUUUGAG